UCAUUUCUCCCAAAUGUGCGUCCCUAAAUAGAAAUGUGCUUUUGCUGUCAGUGAAAUUAGUCAGAGCUGCAGUGCUGACAGUUAAAGGAGCGAUUAGCAUCGCCGCUGAGCCAAGGAGGCACAGCUGUAAUCAGGCAGAGGGUGGGGGUGCAUUUCUGGAAGAUUCUGCAGGAAUCAUUCGACUGGACCCCCUUUCAUUCGUUUAUUGAGGGGACUGUUUUAUGCAUCCCGGUUAGGUGGUUAGCCUCCCCGGUGGAAGCCACAACACCGUAGUGGGGGACGGAGGGUUUCGGGAUCCGAUGACUGGAAUAGACUGAAAGCUCCUCCUCGCUGUCAAGAUGUCAAAGAGGCCAUCUUAUGCCCCGCCCCCUCCUCCUGCCCCUACAACUCAAUUACCCAACACCCCCGGCUUUGUGGGAUACAACCCAUACAGCCAUCUGGCCUACAACAACUACAGACUCGGAGGGAGCCAGAGCAGCAACAGUCGGGUAACGAAUUCCUCGGGAAUAAAUAUCCCCAAACCGCCAAAGCCGCCCGAUAAGCCGCUGAUGCCAUACAUGAGAUACAGUCGCAAGGUUUGGGAUCAAGUAAAAGCCUCCAAUCCUGAUCUGAAGCUAUGGGAAAUUGGGAAGAUAAUCGGUGGCAUGUGGAGGGACCUCACUGAUGAGGAGAAACAGGAUUAUUUGAAUGACUACGAAGCAGAGAAGAUCGAGUACAACGAGAGCAUGAAGGCCUACCACAACUCUCCGGCCUACUUGGCCUACGUCAAUGCAAAAAGCCGGGCGGAGGCGGCGCUGGAGGAGGAGAGCCGCCAGAGGCAGUCCAGGCUGGACAAGGGCGAGCCGUACAUGAGCAUCCAGCCGGCGGAGGAUCCAGACGAUUACGACGACGGCUUUUCGAUAAAACACACGGCGGCUGCUCGUUUCCAACGUAACCACCGCCUGAUCAGUGAGAUCCUCAGCGAGAGCGUGGUGCCGGACGUGCGCUCCGUCGUCACCACGGCUCGCAUGCAGGUCCUGAAGCGGCAGGUCCAGUCUUUGAUGGUCCACCAGAGAAAGCUGGAGGCAGAGCUGCUGCAGAUUGAAGACCGCCACCAGGAGAAAAAAAGGAAGUUCCUGGAAGCCACAGAGUCCUUCAACAAUGAGCUGAAAAGGCUGUGCUGCAUGAAGGUGGAGGUGGACAUGGAGAAGAUCUCUUCAGAGAUUACCGCAGCAGAGGAAGCGGCACGCAAGCGCAUGGCAGAGCGUGAGAAGGACACAGGGGACCGCGGUGCCAAAGAGGCCCCCUCCUGCGUCUUAGCGGAGGAGGAAAAACACAUUUGCGCAACACAUGGGGGCAAGUCACAGCAGCACGCUCUCAGUGAGAGCAGCAAGGAGGCGGAGGAGGCGGAAGCAGACUCUGCAGACAAGCCAGGAAAGCCGAAAGCCCCCGAGGAGCUGGAUUCUCCCCGAGGCAGCAAGGAGGGGGCCUCGGAGGACAAGGAGAGCGUCCCAGAGGGAGCCAUGGAGGAAGGGAGCAGCGACAGCAACACCGGCUCAGAGACCACCUCCGCUCAGACAGAGGAUGCUGCAACCAGCGAGCCGUCAGAGGGGCCCUGCAGACCCAGAACCGCCCACUGAGCCGAAUGGGGGGAGGGGGGAGCAGGCCCGAGAAAGCACUAAUGUUGGGCCUCGCAUAAAGGCCGCCUUCAGCACAUCUCCACACAUAUCACCCGACAGAAGCGCUCGGUGUUGCUCGUUGUCUUGUGCCAUGGUUGCUUUAUUGUUUUGCAUGUUGCAGCUUUUUGAAGUGGUGGAGAACCAGAGCGUCUCCUCCCAGGAGAACCUUGUUUACUCUUCGUUUCAGUAUUACAGUGACAGUAUCGUCUCAGGAGUUUGUAGUCAUGAAGUAACAUGGUUGUUUUUAUAUGUUUACUGUUAUUUAUUAUUGGCGUUUUAAAGUGUUGCGGUCCAUUGAAGUGCGCGAUCAUCAGUGCUGUACAAAGCUCCACUACCAGUGUUCUCAAGUUUGCUCGCAGCCAAUCAAAUCAAAAGCAGUACGCUUAGAACAUGUGUUUUUUUUCAAACACAAACUUUAAAUGUGCCGUGACGUGUGCGCGCCGUGUAACGAGGUUUCAACAUGCAGUCUUUUUCAUAUUUAUACCAAUAAACUUUUCUACCCUGAACAGGAAAA